CUAACUAAAAAAACAACAGCACAUGGUAAAUCUUUGAUAACGUUUACAAUUUAUGUUCCGCAGGAACGGUUUUUGUAUGUAGUAUUAAGAAAACUGUGGUGUUUGUUAAAAGUUUCCUUACUGACCAUUUAGUUGAAACUAAUAUGGGUAAAGUUAAAAAGUUGAAGCCCUCACAAGUGGGAAAAAAUUUAGCUCUUGCUGAUCAAAUUGAAUCUGGAAAUUCAGUCAAAAUUAAAAAUAGGACCAAAGAUAGAAAUAGGCACGAUGAAGACGAUGAGUUUGUAAAAGCAGAUUUGUCUAAAAAAAUUUUAAAAACUGCUAGAAGGCAACAAGCUGAACUAGAAGACAAUGAGAUUGGUCCGUCUCCAGCAAAACAUGUCACUCUUGUGUCAAGCUUUAAAGAUAAAGGAUCAGAUAGUUCAGAUUCAGAGAAGGAUGACUUGGAACCUGACACAUACUAUGAUAACAUUGAAAUCAACGAAGCAGAUGAAGAAGCACUCAAAUUGUUCAAAUCAUCUAAAACAGAAAGAGUUAGAACUCUAGCUGAUAUUAUAAAAGAAAAAAUUACUGACAAACACACAGAACUACAGACUCAGUUCUCAGAUGCAGAAACUUUAAAAUUGCAGAAUAUUGAUCCAAGAAUAAAAACCAUGUAUGAGGGCGUAAGGGAUGUACUCCAGAAAUAUAGAUCAGGCAAAUUACCGAAAGCUUUCAAAAUGGUGCCACAUUUGCAGAAUUGGGAGCAAAUUUUAUACUUAACAGAGCCCACUACUUGGUCAGCAGCUGCUAUGUAUCAGGCAACUAGAAUUUUUGCAUCAAAUCUUAAGGAGAAGAUGGCUCAGAGGUUUUAUAAUUUAGUUUUACUACCACGUGUCAGAGAUGACCUUGCCGAAUACAAAAGGUUGAAUUUCCACUUGUACCAAGCAUUGAGGAAGGCCCUGUUCAAACCUGGUGCUUUUAUGAAGGGAAUUUUACUACCGUUAUGUGAGGCUGGGGAUUGUACGCUAAGAGAAGCUAUAAUUGUUGGAUCUGUGCUGGCACGUAAUUCAGUACCCGUUUUACAUUCUAGUGCUGCUUUGUUAAAAAUAGCUGAAAUGGAUUAUAACGGUGCUAAUUCAAUUUUCCUGAGAAUCCUUUUUGAUAAAAAAUAUGCUCUUCCAUAUAGAGUUGUGGAUGCUGUUGUUUUUCAUUUUUUGAGGUUUCAAUCUGAGGCUCGUGUAUUACCUGUAUUAUGGCACCAAGCUCUAUUAACGUUUGUACAGCGUUAUAAGGCAGAUAUAUCAACUGAGCAACGAGAUGCACUUCUAGAGUUAUUGAGAAAACAAUAUCAUCCUACAAUAACACAAGAGAUUAGACGGGAGUUACAACAAGCUCAAUGCAGAGAUAUUGAAGUAAAUGAAGAAGCAACUAACAUGAUGUCAGUUGAAUAAUAUUAUCAUGAAUGUAUGUAUUAAAAAAAUGUUUAUUAAAUAGUAAUAAAAGCUUAUCAUCAGUAA